UAUGUCUCCAUUUUUGCGCAUAAGUCUUUCUAAUUUUGAACUUGGACCGUACGUGCAAUCUAAUGGAGAGGCAACACAGAAACCCUAUUGUGCUGUCAUCAUGAAAGAACCUAUUGACACAGAUAAUGGAAAGAUUUUUGUCCAGAAGAAGCCGACCAUGUACCCUCCUUGGGAGAGCACAUUUGAUACUCAUAUUAAUAAAGGAAGAGUCAUGCAUAUUAUUGUGAAGGGGAAAUCAGAAAGGGUGACAUCAGAGACCACAAUUGAACUGAAUUCAUUAGCUGAGCGAUGUAAAAAGAACAGCGGAAAGAUGGAGAUAUGGAUAGAACUCAAACCACAAGGCAGAAUGAUUAUGAAUGCAAAAUACUUCCUGGAACAGACAGAUCCUAAAGGUCAUUUUGAAUCAGAAGCAGAAAGCCAGUUUCCCUUACAUCAACGCCGCGGAGCCAUUAAACAAGCCAAGGUUCAUAAUGUCAAGUGUCAUGAGUUUAUAGCCACCUUCUUCCCACAGCCAACAUUUUGCUCCGUCUGUCAUGAAUUUGUUUGGGGACUUAACAAGCAAGGCUAUCAGUGUCGACAGUGCAAUGCUGCUAUUCACAAGAAAUGCAUUGAUAAAGUUAUUGCUAAGUGCACCGGAUCUGCAGUCAACAGCAAAGAAACAGUACUCCAUAAAGAAAGAUUUAAAAUAGACAUGCCUCACAGAUUUAAAGUGUACAAUUAUAAGAGCCCGACAUUCUGUGAACACUGUGGGACGCUUCUCUGGGGACUGGCAAAGCAAGGACUAAAGUGUGUGGAAUGUGGUAUGAACGUCCAUCAUAAGUGUGAAAAUAAAGUAGCAAACCUUUGUGGGGUUAAUCAGAAGUUGAUGGCAGAAGCUUUGGCCAUGAUAGAGAGCACACAACAGGACAGGAAGCAAAGAGAAACUGAGCAAGUUUACAGGCAAGGUCCACUUGAAGUUGGCCACAGAAAAACAGAAGAAAAGCAGCCUUUAAUAUCUGCGAGGAAAGAGUCCCAAGGCAUUUGCUGGGAAUCCCCUGUGGAAGGAGUCAAAUGCACAGAGACUACAGCUGAGCCUAGAACAGAGACUAGAAGUACAGAAGAGGAGCCAUACAGCCACAUCACACUGACAUUCGAUAAUUUUAUUCUGCAUAAAAUGCUCGGAAAAGGAAGUUUUGGAAAGGUUUUUCUUGCAGAGCUGAAGGGAACAGAUCACUUUUUUGCUAUAAAAGUCCUAAAGAAAGAUGUUGUGCUCAUGGAUGAUGAUAUUGAAUGCACCAUGGUGGAAAAAAGGGUUCUUUCUCUGGCAUGGGAACACCCUUUCCUGACACAUCUUUACUGUACAUUUCAGACAAGGGAGAACCUGUUUUUUGUCAUGGAAUAUCUCAAUGGUGGGGAUCUCAUGUUCCAUAUCCAAGGCUGCCAGAAGUUUGACCUCUACAGAUCCAAGUUUUAUACGGCAGAAAUUGUCUGUGGCCUCCAGUUUCUCCAUUCGAAAGGUGUGGUUUACAGGGACCUGAAACUAGAUAAUGUGCUCUUGGACAUGGACGGACAUGUGAAGAUAGCUGACUUUGGAAUGUGUAAAGAGAACAUGUUAGGUGACACUAAAACCAGCACAUUCUGUGGGACCCCUGAUUAUAUCGCUCCAGAGAUUUUACUUGGACAGAAAUAUAGCUAUUCAGUUGAUUGGUGGUCUUUUGGAGUACUCCUGUAUGAAAUGUUAAUUGGCCAGUCUCCAUUCCGUGGCAUAGAUGAAGAACAGUUGUUUCAAUCCAUACGCAUGGAUGACCCAUUUUAUCCCCGAUUUCUCAGCAAGGAUGCUAAAGACAUAUUAGUCCUGCUUUUUGUCAGAGAACCAGAAAAACGACUUGGAGUGACAGGCAACAUUAGGCAGCACUGCUUCUUCCAAGACAUUGACUGGGAGAAAUUAGAGAAGAGGCAAAUAGAACCACCAUUCAAGCCAAAAGUGAAAUCAGCAAAUGACUGUAGUAACUUCGAUAAGGAAUUUUUAAAUGAAAAAGCAAGAUUAUCAAGCACAGACAGAACACUGAUCAACAGUAUGGACCAAUCUAUGUUCAGCAAGUUCUCAUUUGUAAAUCCCAAAAUGGAAGAAUUCAUCUCUUGAAGCAACCUCAUUUUUCUAAAAAGCAAUUGGAUAUUACACUGCGUGAAGACCUUUG